UCCCCGGCGCGCUCCGCCCCCGCCGCCGCCCCCGCCCCCGCCGGCGGCCGGGCUGGAGGCAGGCAGGCCGGGGCCGGGGCCGGGGCCGGAGCAUGUGCGCUCGAGCUGCCCGGCUCCUGGCCGCGCCGGGGCCGGCGCCCCAUGGGAUGUAGCCGGCCGAGCCCCAGCCCCGGCGCCGGGCUCCGGGCGCACCUGGGCGGGCUGCUGCGGGCGCAGCCCCGCGCCUCGCUGCUGCUCACCAUGCUGGCGCUCUGCACCUACUUCUUCUACUGCCUCACCGGGGCGUGCGAGCCGCUGCAGCCCGGGCUGCUGCCCCCGCCGCGCCGCGACCCGCCGCCCGAGCCCCAGCCCCAGCCGCAGCCCCGCGGCCCCGGCGACGGCGACGACGACGAGGACGAGGCGGCCGCCAGCCUCUCGGUGCUCGCCGGCCCCGGCACCAAGCGCUUCCCGCAAGCCAUCAUCAUCGGCGUGAAGAAGGGCGGCACGCGGGCGCUGCUGGAGUUCCUGCGGGUGCACCCCGACGUGCGCGCCCUGGGCGCCGAGCCCCACUUCUUCGACCGCUGCUACGAAAAGGGGCUGCCCUGGUACAGGAACCUGAUGCCGAGGACGCUGGAGGGGCAGAUCACUAUGGAGAAAACCCCGAGUUACUUUGUGACCAAGGAGGCCCCGAAACGCAUUUACAACAUGUCUCGGGACACCAAGCUGAUCGUGGUGGUGCGCAACCCGGUCACCAGGGCCAUCUCGGACUACACGCAGACCCUCUCCAAAAACCCCACCAUCCCCAGCUUCCAGGCCCUGGCCUUCAAAAACAUCAGCACGGGACUCAUCGACACCACCUGGAGCGCGGUGCGGAUUGGCAUCUACGCCAAGCACCUGGACAGCUGGCUGCAGUACUUCCCCCUUUCCAAAUUCCUCUUCGUCAGCGGGGAGAGACUCGUCAGCGACCCGGCCGGAGAGAUGGGCCGGGUCCAAGACUUCCUGGGUCUCAAGAGAGUCGUGACGGACAAGCAUUUCUAUUUCAACGAGACCAAGGGCUUCCCCUGCCUGAAGAAACCAGAGGGCAGCAGCCGGCCUCGCUGCUUGGGGAAGUCCAAAGGACGCCCUCAUCCCAAAAUCGACGGGCAAGUGGUCCAGCGCCUGCAGGAGUUUUACAGGCCUUUCAACAUGAAGUUCUAUCAAAUGACGGGGCAGGACUUUGGGUGGGACUGAGCCCUUCCCAGGCUGGUCGCGGUAUAAACCACGGUGGGGUGGAGUAGACUUAGUCCACUUAGCAGCUUUGCAAGGGCCACGGCACAUCCCGUGCACCGCCGCGAGGGAUGCUACGGCAGGGCAUCCCAGGCGAGCCUUCAGAAGACUUUUCCCCUUGUUCUAAUUUAUAUGGGACGUCUCCCUGGAGAGACGCGUACGCUUACUGAGUAGAGAGAAAUAUUUAAGAAAUAAUAAUAAUAAUAAUAAUUAAAAAACAGCAAAACCCAGGUGCCCCCUCCCGCCCAUCAAAUUAAAUAUUCUUCCAUACAAACCUUGCUAAGCUAUAUUAACCGGGGACAGUUUUCAGAAGGUGAGUGUGAGUGCGUGUGUGCGCGUGUGUGUGCAUGUGUGUAGCGACCAGGGCACUAAGAUUCACAAUAAACUUCGGAAAUGGAGCAGCCUCCUGGUAAUUCUGGCCUCCUUUUGGGUCGAGUUGGAGGAGAGCUGUCAUCUUCCCAGGCGGCCGGCCGAACCCUUCAGCUAGGCAGGGAGAGCGCCCCGGGGCCCCGGGCUGCUGGCUAGUUGUUGGAUGCCUUUCUGUUCAUCAAAGGGACACUGCAGAGAACUGCUGUACGGCAAUGCAGGCUUGUGGACUUCCACAGGGCAUGGCCAGCUCGCACCAUCGGAGGAUUAGCCCCUGUAUACCAGGGGCGGGGGGGCGGGAAAGGUGAUUUAGGAUCAAAAUAACACAGCAGGAGACUGUGCCUGCUCCUGUUAUAGUCAGUGGGGUUUUUGCCAGUGACUUUCUUGGGACCACUCUCAUGCUCGGAUUAUUAAAAAAUUUAUUUAUCUAUUA